AUGGAGUACGAGAGUCGAUUCUGGAGAGUGGACUUCGCUACGAGAAGGGCAUUUGUCAAGGAGAUGGUAAGGGCCAACGCAGAUCUGGAACUCCGAAAUAAAUACCUCUUCAGCGGCUCCUUUGAGUCUUUGGCUGACGCAAAAGGCACAGGGGGCAGCACGCCAUUAUUGAUGGCAGCUGCCUUGGACGCCCGGAUGACCCCGGUGUUGCUUGAGUUCGGCUCGAAGGUGCAUAGCAGGGGCACAUUAAUAACCAUCAAUAACGGUGUCGAAGACGUCAACAUGUUGCACGUCCUCGCUCAACACCCUCACGGGAGGAUCCCCUCCAAACUGACAUCGCUGCUCGGCCAUUUCUUGGGCGUCGACCCGGACCGAUCCAGCAGUGCGACCAUGUGCGCAUCACCUCUCAACAUCCUCCGCAAUACGCUGGACAACAAUCCGGCGUGGGGCAUCGCUGAUGUGCUCGCAUUCACGGAGCUGAUCAUCGGGAUUCGGGAAACGAAUUGGGGUGCUGGUCUGUUUCUUGAGUCUCAGCGCACUUUCAGAGAGGAUGGGUCUCAUGAGCGAAUUAAGCUUUGGGUAAAUGCUGUUAGUCGUCUCAUGACCAAGAACGCCCAGAGUGACUGUGGAUGCUUGCGACGAGGGAGUCAGUGGAUGAUGUGGUGGGAUGAGUGGACGAUGGACGACUGCUGCAUUACCUGCAUAAAACGCUCUUCCACUCCAAGCCAAGAGAGUCGCUUUGGCGAAGAUGGUAUUGGGGAAAUCGAAGACAUUAGUGACCAGGACGGGGCAGAGACUUUCUACGAUGCUGUUGAUUAUCGUUGA